UCACAGUCUAUAUGCAGCACUGUAAGUCAAAGAACAGGGCGCGUAACUUUCUCAUUUAACCACACCAUUUGAGCUAUGACGCCAACCAAUAAGAUCCCUUCUCUUUAGUUUAAACGGAAGUGAACAUUGACCAUGAACAAUUUCCACGUUAGCGGUUUUUGGGGUUAUUAUAUCGACGUUUAUUGAAACCAUAUAACUCCAAAUAUGACUAAUUUAGCGGCAUGGCAUCACAUACUUUUCCCAGGUAGUGUUUAGUUGGUGUUGGAGACAGGACUUGAUUGAUAGAUGGUAUCUUGGUAACGCUAUCUAGCUGCUAACGUUAGCUAACAAUGGCUAACUGUAUGGUUUUUCACACUCAAAUAACUUCCAUCAUGGAGGUGCUAGCGAAUGCAGCCGUGGCAGAGAUCUGUAAACUCGUAGACGACGACUAUGCAGUGUUUCGUUUGGAAAUGUCUCAAAGCCAGAAAGAAAACACGGCAUUGCGGAGGAAACUACAGCUACUAGAACUGAAGGUGGCACGGGAGCGUGUCCUCGGCAGUCGUCCCAGUAGUGUCAAGAUCCUCGACCGAAGCAGAGGAAUGGCAAGAGGACAUCUCACUGGAGGCCACAGCAGCUUUGUUAAGCCAGCGGGAUGCAAUAAAUGGCGAGAUGACCAAUCAAUCACUGUUGAUGAGGGGAGUGGAACCUUAACCAAGGUCGUGAUAGAGUCUGCAGAUGCAGAGGCUGCAGGUCCUAGAGUCAAGCUGGAGAAGGCUGAAGGAGAUGAGGACCCACGGCUCAGCAGAAACAUUCAGACUGGAGCGGUUGGGGUGUCCCCUAUAGCUACGGAGGACUCCACCACCGCCCCAGCACCGCCUAGGACCCAACCCAGCAUCACGGAGGAGGAGGAGGGUCCAGAGGUGCUGCUGGUGAAGGAGGAGGGUCUGGGGAACCCUGAGGGGAACAUGAUCAUGGAGGACAACCAGACUACACCUCCUCCUGAACCCACAGAGGAACCAGCUGAGCAGCACAGGACCACACACAGUCUCACUGAGUCAGUAGACAUGGAGGAUGGGAAGACUGAUCUGCUACUAGUCAAAGAGGAGACAAUAGAAGACGGACCAGAGAGCAUUGACCUGCUGAGUGGAUUAAAGAUGGGGGAGCAAGGUGGUUGGCUGGAGGCUAACAGAGGAGACUGGGCGGACAUCUUGGAUUCCCAGGACGGUGCAGCCAAGGACCCAGGGGACAACAUCACUGAGCAGGCCAGGACUAGAGAUGACAUAGUGGAGUCUGCAGAUGCAGAGGCUGCAGGUCCUGGGGUCAAGCUGGAGAGGACUGGAGGAGAGGAGGACCAACGACACAGCAGAGACAUCCAGACUGGAGCUCCCCAUGUAGCCACAGAGGUCCCCACCACCUCCGCCCCAGCGCCGCCCAGUACCCGACGUAGCAUGACGGAGUUCAGUGGAACGCCGAACGCAUUCCUCAAGUCAGAGACCAACACAGAGACUGUAAAACACAGGCUCUUACACCCAGGAUCUGACCACGGAUCAGACCCAGAGAGACUGGAGCGACUGGUCUGUCCUCCUGCUCCUAGCUCGGAAUACUUACCGGUAUUUCGCCAGAGGACGGUUCAUUCCUGUUGUGACACGUUAGACACUGGUGUUGAUGAUCUGCCUUGCUCUUACACACCAGAGAUGGUCCCUGGCAACAUGCCCUUGGGUUUAGAGACACAGACUGAUCUGUCUAAAGGGGACUGGAACCGGUAUAGUAGUAGUGUAUACUCUGAAGGGUGCCUAGAUAAGAAAGGGGAGGUUAUAGUCGUAGACGAAGUGACUGUGAAAAUGGAGGGCGACGUUCCUCUGACACUGAAUGCAGACAAGAUUCACUUAGGACUUGGACACUCACAAGGUAGAGAUGUCUUAGAUUACAGGGAAAGUUUAGAGACUAAUCCAAAUGUUGCGACCCACUCCCCUUUACACAUUCUCAGGGAUCGCGACACAGUGUCCACGUCGAUGGGGCCUUCCGAUUCACACGGCCGCAUCCUUUUCUAUCAACUAUUGAACUCAAAGGACCAAAGGGCCCAGGCUCAGGAAGGGGGAGCAACAUCAGGCAAUAGUAAAGAGAAACGGUUCAUCUGCAUGUCCUGUAACAAAGGCUUCAGCUGCCUUCAGAACGUAAAGACUCACCAGAGGGUCCACACAGGGGUGAAACCCUUCAGCUGUACCCAGUGUCAGAUGCGCUUCUCCCACUCGUACAGCCUGAAGAGGCACCAGAGGGUCCACACAGGGGAGAACUCUACAGCUGCCAGUAGAGUGAGAAGCGGUUCUCCCACCAGAACCCGCUGAAGAUGCACCUGAAGGUCCACACGAGAGAAAGGUUGUUGGCCUGUACGCACUGUGGGAAGAGAUUCUCAGAGAAGAGCUACCUCAGGAUACACCAGCUUAAAAACCAUUCACUCUACAACAUAGAAAGUAACCAUUCCACAAGAUAGCUUCUGACGUUUAGAUCAAACCCUGCAUUAAAGUCAAAGAUUAAUUUUCAUUAUUGUUAUUAGAGAAGAUCCACAGAUGCAUUUGGAAUAACGAGAGUAACAUAUUUCAGUGUUGAAUAUUCCUGGGUAGAAUACUGCAUCCAGCCAGGUAUGAAGGUGUGUAUAUAUAUAUAUAUAAUCCUAAAAACUCUGUUACUUAGUGUGUGUAGGCUAUAUGAUGGUCACAAAUUCCUAUUUCAUUAAUUCCAUUCAACUACACUUUUAAUGAGAAAAUGAAGGCAGUUUAUCAAGUUCAUGCAGAGUUUUUGUUGAGACGUACAAUGCCGUCAGAAAGUGUUCUCACCCCUUCACUUUUUCCACAUUUGUUGUGUUAGACUGAAUUUAAAAUAGAUUAAAUUGAGAUUGUGUCACUGGCCUACACACAAUACUCCAUCAUGUCAAAGUGGAAUUAAGUUUAGACAUUUUUACAAAUUAAUCAAAAAUGAAAAGCUGAAAUAAGUAUUCAACCCCUUUCUUAUGGCAAGCCUAAAUACAUUCAGGACUAAAACUUUGCUUAACAAGUCAUGUAAGUUGCAUGCUCACUCUGUGCGCAAUAAUAGUGUUAAACAUAGUUUUUGAAUGACUACCUCUUCUCUGUACCCAGUACAAUUAUCUGUAAGGUCGCUCAGUUGAGCAGUGAACUUCAAACACAGAUUCAACCA